AUGACAUCGCCAACUGCACGCACGGGCGGCAUCACGAUCUACGCCAAGACUGGUCGAGCUGAGACAAAUCCACGUUCAAUGAUUUUCUUCUUCUCCAUUGAACUCAGUUGCUCCCUACCCCAGGCCCACGCCUUUGGUGCUGGAAAUAUCGCCUCCAUCUCAGCUAUCGAGGGUAAAAACUGGCGCCAUGGCGAUAUCGAAGAUGUGCUUAAAACGAUCGCAUUUAUUUCCGGUCAUAAAUGGACUUCGACCAUGAUCAAGCGAGUGUAUUUUGGGAACUGGCUACGUGAUUACUCACAGGCUAUGGAUGUCGGGACCCUGAAAAAUCUCCAGGCCGAGACAAUUCGUAUCCUGGUGUGGGUCCUCUCCUUCCUAUCUUUCGGUUAUGCUACUGGCGAAUUUGAAGUCACGUCUGAGAGACUGGGAGUCUACCGUCCUGAGGAACAUAUCGAUAACCCUAAGGACUAUGCCGACAAUGAAGAUGCCCGGAAAUAUGACGAGCGUCUACGAGGUCCCAUCCGUCAGGUUGAACUUGAUAUCGAUAUGGAGACCGGUAUGAAAAACUACAUCGCGAAUGAACGAGGUGAUUGGGCCACCAGCUCUGCCUAUGUUAAGUACAGUCUGAGUCGCAGCAUUCACUACGGACGGAUGUAUACGCAUGGUGGAGAUCGCAAGGGUAAUGAAGAGGAUCUGUGUGAGGCUCUUCGGUGUCUUGGGCAAGGCCUUCACACUCUAGAGGACUUUGCGGCACAUACCAAUUACUGCGAGCUUAGUCUUCAAGAGAUGGGGUUCCAUAACGUCUUCUCGCAUACGGGUUCGGCUACUCAGAUCAAUGUCCGUGGACGUCAAAUCUUCCCAUUGGUGACUGGUACCUUUGGUAUGGUUGAUUUCUUCCAUUCUGUACUGGGUGAGGCUACCGAUCACUUUACUCAGUCGGAAGUCAAUGAGAUGGAUAUUGCCCUUGGUGAUGCAGAGAAUAACACACAAUCCAACGGUUCUCUUAAUGCCUUGACUGGCUUGUUGGGCAAGAUCCCAGGAACUAGGGACCUGGUCUCUGAAGCUGAGCAUUUGAGACAAAUCUCAGAUGCACAAGAGGUGGCCAACCGCUCUAGAGGCUCUCAUAUGGGCUAUGCUCAAAUGAGUGACUUCCGAGGCGUCGACGAAAGCCGUGCAUCCCCAGCGCCAGGUGCCGACCAGUCUAAUUUCAAUCCCCAAGAGACUGUCAAAAAGAUCUACCCAAUUCUAGCCUUCAGGGACAAAGUUGUUCGUAAACUCAACUCAAUCAUUGAAAAGGUCCCAGGUCUAGAGACUAUUAUUGAAAAGAUCUCCGAGACGUUAACAGUAUUCAUCAUGUCGCUUCUUGCACCCUUCAUACGACCUCUGAUCAAUCUCGCCUCCAAGUCUCUACAAUCCGGCUCUUCUGGUGUUAUCACCGCCUCAGGAAAACACCAGUACGAGCCCUGGACUGACCCUCACUGCACGGAUCCUACACACUCCUUACUCUCCAAGGAUCACUUCGCCAAUAUCCUAAAUGAACCUGCCGGUCAGGUCGCCUCCGUCAUUGUGAAAUACGUUGCCCCUCGCAUCCUCUAUGCCUGGCAGCAUAUCGAUGUCUCCGAUAACGAGGUUCUGAAUGACUGUAUGAGCAUCUUUCACCACCCUGCCUUCCGCAAUAUGAACAACGAAGCCCACCGCAUGAUGUUCGACGCCGUGCAUAACUGGGUUCAAUCGCGUGAAGAUCGAGGUGCAAACCUCAACGAUGUCCUCAGUGCUGAAGGCGUCCGGGCAGGUCGUAAUACUGGUGGAGUUCCACAUACACACAGCGGUGGACAAGGUGGCUUUGCUGCGCUUGGCGGUAGCUCCCACGGGCAUGGACAUAGCCAGGGCCAGACUCACUCGUCAGAUGGGCUAGGAGGCCUUGGUGGAUUUAGUGGAUUCAGUGGAUUUUUUGGUGGACACGGUCAGAGUCAGGGCCAAAGCCAGGGUCACUCGUCCGGUGGCCUGAGUGGACUUUCUUCUUUCCUUUCCGGGCAGCAGCACUCGGGCUCACAGCAAUCUCAGUCCAGUCUACCUUGGGAUAAGAUCUCUCACCUUCCGGGUAUGUCGAAUCUGAAUAAAUUGAACAAGCUGGAGAAGAUCUCCAAUUAUAUUCCCGGUGGAUUCUCAGGUCAUGGUGUGAGGUGUGUGGAUGGAGAUGAGACUGAAAGUGGCUCAACACCUCGGCAGGGCCAGCAGUAUCAUGGAAAACAGGAGGAUCAUGGAUAUCAGACUGGUUAUGGCAGAUAUUGA